AGCUAAUUAUUAUGUAUGAAACCAUGGGAAUAAAAGAAAAAAAUUAUGCGAUUUUAAUAAUGUCUAUAAAACAUAAUCAUUGUUAGAACUUAAACAAUGGUCCAUCUCGCCAAACAUGCUGUCACAGAGUUACAUAAUCUAUUAAGACAUUUUUGUGAAAGUAAUAAAAAUUUGAUACAUUUUUUUUCAAUACUCCACCAUCACCAUCCAGUGUAAUCUAGUAAUUUUUGUGACCAGAAAAAGAACAGUGGAGGAGCAAAGAUCCCAUUUCAGAUAAACGUCUAAGUGCAGCUGCAAUGUUGACUAACCAGAUCACCCACCUUCAUAAUUAUAGGCAACGGAAAGAGCUGGUUGUUAUUUUUAGAUACUUUAAUUAGAUGUGACAGUACUUGAUCUGAAGAUGAAAGUGAUAGUUCACUUAAAAACGUCACUGUUAAAAAAAAAAACAGACAAACGUGUUUAAAUAAACACACACAGGGAGACAUACUGUAUAAACACUGUACGUCUGUUUUCACAUAUAUAAAAGAAACCCCUAUAGUUCAUGUAAAUCUUAAGAAAUAACUACAUUUUGUCACUUACUGUCACAAGCUUAAUUGUGAUUUAAUGUGAUUAAACCCACACAAAUAAGUCCAAAGCUAUGAAACAGAGGAAACUGGACACAUGACUUCCUUUCUUUUUUUUUAAGUGUGGGGUGCAUUUGUAUUUAUCCCAUUCUGAUUUCUUUCAUUCUUGGUCUACACAGUUACUUCAUAGACCCACCUUUUACAGCUGCAACUUUACCAUAUUUGCACAUCUAGAGCUUGAGAAUUUUACCCAUUGUAUUUUUUUAAUUUUUUUUUAAUAGCUUAAGAUCAGUCUGCCUGGAUGAACUUGAUGGAUGGAUCUGAACAUCAUUUUUCAAAUUUGCCACAAAGCUCUGACUGUAUAUUUAGGUUUAUCUUACUUGAAGUCUUUCAUAGCCUCUAACAGUUUUUUUGUUUGUUUGUUGUUGGGUUUUUUUUGUUAAGGAUUGCCCUGUAUUUGGCAUUAUCCAUUACCAACUUGUACCAGUUCCUUGCCUACACCACUAUAAUGCUACAGAAGCCCUUUUGGAUUUUUUUAUUUAUUUUUUACUCUAAAUGUGUAUUAUUUUCCUUUCAAUUCGUGUUUUUAAUGAUGUAGUGCCAGUAUUCCUACACUAGAGGGUGCUAACUCCCACUUUUAAACGCAUCUAUGAAAUUGAACGUUAGCUCCUUUAGCUCCAGAGCGUUGAGCUUUAGCUCCUUAUGCUAGUUAUGUCACCGCAGUAACUUUAUGGUUUUACCUCUGUAAAAAGUGGUUUUGUAGCAUACAACUUCAACGCAGUAGGUUCGACAUGGACGAGCCGGACACGGCAGCGAUCCUACCCGAAGACCUCCUCGGCGCCUCGUCAACGGAUGACCAGCUGUCCGAUUCUGAGGACCGCAAAGACGAAGCAGGUCUACCGACCGCCACCACCUCUGUGCCGCCGUCGUGCCGGUGCCCUGUCCCGGUGUCCGUGGAGCCGGUGCUUUUCCUCUCCAUGUUCUCCCUGGCUCUCCAGGCCCCUCUGACCACGCAGUACCUGUGGGACCGAAUUAGUGAGGACCUCGGCUACAAUGGCUCCAGGAGGUCUGGGUGCAGCAACAGCUCAGUGGACCCGGACCCGCUGCAAAAGGAAGUUGAAACUCUGACAGCUCACUGGAACCUGUACAUCAGCCUCGGGGGGUUUUCUGUCGGGCUCGUGGUUGUCCCUCUCCUGGGCUCUUGGAGCGAUGUAGCAGGUCGCAGAACCGUCCUCAUCCUCCCCAACUUCGGCCUGGCGCUACAGGCCGUGGUCUACCUCGUGGUGAUGUACCUCAAGCUGCCUGUGGUUUACUUUCUGGUGGGCCGGCUGCUCAGUGGCCUCUCGGGGGAUUUCAACGCCGUUCUGGCCGGCUGCUUUUCCUACGUGGCGGACAUCAGCGACAGGAGGUCCCGCACCUUCAGGGUGGCGGUUCUGGAAGCUUGUCUGGGCAUUUCAGGGAUGUUGGCCAGCAUCAUAGGAGGCCAGUGGCGGCGGGCACAAGGUUACAUCAACCCGUUCUGGCUGGUCCUGGCCACCAACUUGGCCUCAGCUCUCUACGCCUACCUGUUCAUCCGAGAGUCCGUCCGUCCGGACCCGAGCGCUAGGCUCCUCUCCGCUCGCCACUAUAAAGCCGUCUGGCGCCUCUACUCCACAGGAGGCAUCAGCGGCGAAGGCGGUGGAGCGCUGCUUCACAGGGGCAAGCUGUGGCUCUACACGCUCUGCUUCUUCCUGGUGGUGGCUGUUCACUUCGGCACCAGAGAGCUGUACGUGCUGUAUGAGCUGAGCUCCCCGCUGUGCUGGGACUCGGCUCUGAUUGGCUACGGGUCGGCCGCUCAGAACCUGGCCUACCUGAGCAGCCUGCUGGGGCUGAAGGCCAUGCAGCGCUGCCUGCAGGACUCCUGGGUGGCUCUGGUGGGCCUUGUGUCGAACAUUUUUGGGCUGGUGGUCUUCUCUGUGGCGGAUACCACCCAACUUAUGUUCACAGGUUACGGCCUGUGUUUCCUCUUCAUGGCUUCCACUCCCGUCCUCAGGUCAAAGCUCUCCAAGUUGGUUGACCCAUCAGAACAAGGGGCCUUGUUCGCCUGCGUUGCCUGUGUGGAGAGCUUGUGUUUCCUUGUGGGCACCAGCCUCUUUAACUCCAUCUAUCCAGCCACUCUGCAUUUCAUGAAGGGCUUCUCGUUCCUGUUUGCUGCCAUCAUCCUCCUCAUUCCUACUGCAAUAAUUGGAGCUCUACAGUGUUUGGACCAGCGGAGGGAACGCAGGGACUCUACAUCCUGAGUGCUAAGAGCCGGUCCUGAUGGACCCAUUUGUGGACAUUCAGUACUCAUCUGGUCUGUGACGCUGUUAGAAACUGGGAUCCUAACAAACAUUAAGGCUGCUAUUCUGCAAAGGGAUUCUUCCCCCCAAAAUGACACUAAAACGUCAAGACCAAAAACUGAAGAAACAACCAUGUGGGCUAACCUCCCUCGAUUUGUGAGUGAGUAGAGCUACACAAAGAGUUAAAUGUCUCACAACCAUUUAAUCAAGAUGUUCAGGCACAUGAAUAUUUUAUACAUUGACUUGAAAUUUUUUUGUACAGCACUAUGUGAAUUUAUUAACUACAAUAGCUAGCUACGGAAGCACAGUAUUGUUCAAUAAUAGCCACGUUCAAAACAACCUUUGAUUUCUGAUUAUAUAUCAAAAAUGGAGACAGCUUUGUCUGUUCCAGUUAAAUCUGUCUUUUAGAAAAAAUUGUGCAAAAGAAAAAAAUAAUAUGUAAUAUUUAAUUCAAUUUUUUUUUGUCCAUUUUGAGAUAAGUAAAGUAUUUUUUUAAUUGAAUUUAAACUAGUUGUAGAUCAGAAAACCCUUCUUAUGUCCAUCUAUCCAUUUUCUAACACCCUCGUCCCUAGUGGGGUGAGGAGGUGCUGGUGUCUAUCUCCAGCUAACGUUCGAGAGGCGGGGUUCACCCU